GACUGGAGGGAGUACUUCUCACCACAUGCAUCUUCUGUGGGAAUAGUUUUUAAAGACGUGCAGCCAUUCGCAUAAUCUCCACAAUCAUUGGCGGCACCUCCUCUGCUCUGCAGCACAGGCAAACAAUGGCGCCUCGGGUCUCCUUCCUCGAGCUCUCCCUUUCCUUCCUCUGCUUCGUCGUCUUCUACUACUACCACAUCAGGUCCAAGAGGAAGAACCCAGUGAUCCCGCUGGACUGGCCCCUGGUAGGCAUGCUCCCCGCCCUCCUCGCCAACCUCCACCGCCUCCACGACUGGAUCACCUCCCUCGUCACCGCCAGCCCCCUCAACUUCCCUUUCACCGGCCCGCCGCGCUCCGGCAUGCAGUUCUUUGUUACCGCCGACCCGGCCAACGUCCGCCACGUCUUCACCUCCAACUUCGCAAACUACCUCAAGGGCCCCGAGUACGAGGAGAUCUUCGACAUCCUCGGCGGCGGCAUCUUCAACGCCGACGGCGAGUCGUGGCGCCGCCAGCGAGCCAAGGCGCAGCUGCUCAUGUCCAGCCCACCGUUCCGGGCCUUCGUAUCCCGGUGCAGCCGCGACAAGGUCGAGAAUGCUCUGCUCCCGCUGCUCGCUCACCUCGCUGGAACCGGGGAGGCGGCCAACCUGCAGGACGUGUUCCUGAGGCUGACAUUUGACACCACGACGACGUUAGUGUUCGGCGUCGACCCGGGGUGCCUGGUGGUCGGCCUGCCUGAGGUGCCCUUCGCGCGCGCCAUGGACGACGCGAUGAACGUGCUCCUCCUCCGCCACGUCGUCCCACAGACGUGGUGGAAGCUGGCGAGGAGACUGAGGAUCGGGUACGAGCGGAAGAUGGCGGUGUCGUGGCGCACCAUCGACCGGUUCAUCGCCGACACGAUCGCGAAGCGGCGGGCGCAGAAAGCGAGAGGCGGAAUCAAGGACUCGGCGGACCUGCUCUCGUCCUACAUCAACGACGACGAGGAGGACUCGGACACCGUCGACGCGUUCCUGCGCGACACGACCAUCAACCUGAUGCUCGCCGGCCGCGACACGACGGGCUCGGCGCUGUCUUGGUUAUUCUACCUCCUCGCUAGAAGCCCGCACGUGGUGGGCAAGAUACUGCAGGAGCUCGAAUCCAUCAAGGGCACCAGCACCACCCCGGACGGCAUGGUGACCUUCGAUCCAGACGAGCUCGGCGGGCUCGUGUACCUGCACGCCUCGCUGUGCGAGUCGCUGAGGCUGUACCCGCCCGUGCCGCAGGAGCUCAAGGAAGCCGUCGCCGCCGACGUGCUGCCGAGCGGGCACGAGGUGCGGCCCGGGGACAGGAUCCUGGUGUCGUUGUACGCGAUGGGGAGGAUGGAGGACACGUGGGGCAGGGACUGCAGGGAGUUCAGGCCGGAGCGGUGGAUCGCAGAGGACGGCAGGCUGAGGUACGUGCCAUCGUACAAGUUCAUGUCCUUCAACUCGGGCCCCCGGACCUGCCUUGGCAAGGACAUGGCGUUCUUGCAGCUCAAGGCCGCGGCUGCGGCCGUGGUGAAGAACUUCGAGAUCGAGGCGAUGCCGGGGCACGUCGUGGAGCCCAAGCUGUCCAUCAUACUUCACAUGAAGAAUGGCUUCAUGGCGACGGUCAAGAGAAGGCAGGCGCUUGCCUGAGAUCGAUGAUUGCUGAGUAGGAAAGAUGAACAGUAACUAAGCAGCUAGUAGUUAAGCACGUGUAUUGGUAUAAUGGUCAGUAGCGUUUGACCAGUAGGUACGUUAACUGACAUGUAUGUACUAGAAGGUGCAUGCAUGUAUGUACUUGCAUUGUGUUGCGUACGUGUACGUUUUAUCGAUCGUUGCUUCUCUACUAGAAACUAGUGCUGCUUGUAUCGUAUUCUAUUUCACGAGGAAGAUGAACUUCGGGUCCUGA